AUGCCGCACGCAAUUACGAUCGAGCGCCACAAAUUAAACCAGGGCAUGUAUCAAAAGCUCAAAAAGUUCAUCAUGAACAAGCGUAAAAGGGAGGCUGAAGAGCGAGCACAAGAUGAUUACUACAAACGGCUGAGAAAGGAGCGCGAGGAACGUAAAAGGCAGACAAAACUGUUUGCCGAGUCUCUAGAAAAUACACGCAGAGAGUUCCGUCCAGGACACCAGGCCCCGGUACUUUCCAACACCCAACCAACUACCCAAGUCAUGGGCCCUCUCAGUUACACUGACAAACAAAUGCUGGCCGUGGUCUUUCCUCCACAAACAAGGCCGAAGAACAUUCCCGGACAGGAACUAAAGCCAGCAUCCGAGGGCCCCGGCGUUAUGCUUAAUUCUCCUAACAGUCAAGCGGCCAAUGAGAUUAGUCAGCAGGACUUCAAAAAUUUCUCCAAAUGCCUGAUGGGUUAUGCUAAUGUCGGUGGAAAACUGCCCACGGGUGAGCAUACCUAUCUGGCUAAGUUUUACUUGGGUGGCAUUCAAUAA